CACAGCAGCAGGAGCGGCAGCAUUAGCGGAGCCUUACACAACCCUGCGAGAAAAAAGCUCGAUGACAAAACUCCCAUCGUAUUACCGGCCCUCCUAACCUCCAUGUCUUGAAAGAUGAAGCACUAAUGAAUCUACCCCAGAUCGUCCUGGAUGAAUUUGUGCGUUUUAUGGAAAUUAAAAAUAAAGGCCCGCGUUCGGAGUGAUGAGCUUUAGCCUGUUAGCCCGACAGCUUCAACCUCUAUCUGACAGAAACCUCCUCAUCUCAGCCAAAAACACCCUAUUAAUCUGCUUUGAUGCAGAGAAUGGACUGAAGACAGCUCAGACAGCCAUAAUUGACUAGAUGAACAAAUCAAGCUGGAGGCAGGCUCAGCGGAGAAUUCAACAUGAAGUUGUAUGUGUUUCAAGUCAACAACGGAAGCACAUUGACAUUUGACACUGAACUUGCUGUCCAAACUGUUUUGGACCUUAAACAUGCCAUUCAGGCCAAAUAUAAAAUUGCAAUCCAGCACCAGGUGCUGGUGGUCAAUGGAGGGGAGUGUAUGGUGGCAGAGAGGCGCGUGUGCAGCUACAGCGCCGGAACAGACACCAACCCGAUCUUCUUAUUCAACAAAGAGAUGAUCCUGUCUGACCGAGCUCCAACCAUCCCCAAAACGACCUUCUCAAUAGAGAAUGAGAUGGAGCUGAAGGUGGAGGAGUCACUCUAUUAA